GGCGGCGGCCAAGGUCAGCGGCGGCGCCGAAGUCGGCGGCGACCUGGGGCGGAUUGAGGGGAAAGGCGUGGCCACGUGGCAGGGUCGGCGGAAAGCGGCGGAGGCGGCAGCGCGCAUGACAACGGCAAGCGGAGGAAGAGAUAAGCACGGCAUCUCGAUCGACGGACCUGACACGUGGCACCUUGUCAAAGCGAAUAUGAAUAAUGACAAUUCAAGACGACAGGGGGGCAUGAGGAAUCGAACGAUGAACAGGAGAGGUGGCCGUGGUGAUCGGUUUGAUCGUCCUAACAACUAUGGAAAUGACAAUGGCGACAGGAUGGGGGACAGGAUGGGGGACAGGAUGGGGGACAGGAUGGGCGACAGGAUGGGUGACAGGAUGGGCGAUAGGAUGGGGGACAGGAUGGGGGAUAGGAUGGGGGACAGGAUGGGAGAUCGGAUGAACGACAGGAUGAGUGAUAGGAUGGUAGACCGGUUGGGCGACAGGAUGGGUGACAGGAUGGGCGACAGAAUGGGGGACAGGAUGGGAGAACGGAUGGGGUCUGGGGCGGGAGGAGGUGGAGGUGUAGGAGGUCAUGGGAACAGCGGAAGCUCUGGAGGGGGGUAUGAAGGGAACUAUGGAUCCAGGAACCCGGAGAAUGGCUUCAGCAGUAUGGAAGCAGCCAGAUACCUCAAUGAGAGAUGGACCGCCGCCUUGAAUUGCUCUCACAACUCAGGCCUCCUACCGUCAGAGCGUCCAGUGCAGCUUUCAAGUGUGGAUGGAAGCUCCGGCUGGGGAUCAUCAAGGCUUAUCCAUCAGGCAUCGGUAACCGAUUUCCUCCAAGAGAUGGCGAUCGCAUUGAAAAAGCACAACGCUGCUAAAAAGAGUGCCCUGGCGUCGACAGCCUCUGGCUCUUACCAAGGGACGGUGCGGUCUGGAGGUGCAAAUCUCGAUGAUGACAUGCAGAACGCUUUCUCUAACCAACUUCCAGUUUUGAAUUGCAGCUGGGACAGGACUGGGAAGAUGCACGCAGGACACUGGUGGCCUAGCGAACGGAAGUCGAAGUAGGGUGUGAAAGGCAUGGACGAACAGUGUGUGGAGAUGAGGCGGGGCAGGUCUGGGAAGAUGCAUGCAGGACACUGGUGGCCUAGCGAACGGAAGUCGAAGUAGGGGGUGAAAGGCGUGGAGGAACAGUGUGUGGAGAUGGAGGCGGCAAGCCAUCACCCUUCCUUCCCGCCCCCCCCCCCCUAAGCAGUCGAAGUAGGCGGUGAAAGGCGUGGACGAACAGUGUGUCGAGAUGGGGGAGGCGAGCCAUCGCCCUUCCUUUUCCCCCCCCCUGUAAUCAAAUCUCGAUGACAUGGAGAAACGUUUUCUCUGAACCACUUCCAGUUUUGAAUUGCAGCUGGGUCAGGUCUGGGAAGAUGCACGCAGGCCACUGGCGGAUUAGCGAACGGGAACGGAAGUCGAAGAAGGGGGUGAAAGGCAUGGACGAACAGUGCGUGGAGAUGGGGGAGGGAGGCCGUCGUCCUUCCUCUUUGUUCCCCCCUGUGCCCGGAACUUGGAAGUAGAAUCCGUUCUCUCUCCUGAUGUUUCGUUGAUACCUUGGCUGGACGAGGCUAUGGAAUUUUUGUAUUUUGCAUGGCUAUGGCUGUGGGUGGCUGUGGCUGUGGCUGUGGCUGUGGCGGGCUAAUUCGUUAUGCUAUAGGUGGAGUGUUUGGUUAUGGCGUACGGAUGCAGGCCAUUGGCUAUUGGAGACAAAGGUAGCAGAGGUGAUUGUUGUGGCUUGGCAUACUGAUGGUUUUGGAAACGGACUAGUAUGGAGGCUUUGGCUUUGGCUAUGGAGGCUAUGGCUAUGAAAUCUAUAGCUAUGUAUGCUAUCGCUAGGAGGCUAGACGUAUAGAGGCUAUCUAUAUCUAGGGUAUGGCUAUAGAAGCUACAGAGGCUAGGCCUACAGAGCUAGGGUUAUCGAGGCGUUGUCUAUUGGCUAGGCUAUGGCUAUAUAAGCUGCAGAGACUAGGCCUACAGAGCUACAGCGGCUAUCGAGGCAUUGUCUAUUGGUGGCUAUGCCACCUACGGAGGCUAUGACAAUGGAAGUUAUGCCUACAGCGGCUGCAUGUGUGGAGGGUAUAGCUGUAUAAUUGGAAUUGGCUAUGGGGGCCUAUGGCAGCAGAUGCCGGGGCCAGGUCUCUGUGGAAGGCAUGGCUGUGGAGAGGAUUUGGCCAUGGGAGGAAAUCCUUUCGUAUUUUGAAGCCAGUUGCAAUUAAGACUAUGCCUAUAGCUGCUAUAGGCGUACAAGAGGCGAUGACUAUGAGGGCCUAUAGGCGUGCAAGAGUGGAUGACUACGAGGGCCUAUGGCAGCAGAGGCCAGGGUCAGGUCUCCUUUAGAGAGAAACGAUGUGGAAGGCAUCGGUGUGGAGACGAUUUGGCCAUGGCAAGAAAUCCUUUCAUAUUUCAAGGCUGUUGCAGCGAAGACUAUGGCUAUGGCUGUAUGCGUAUGCAAGCUGUUGUUCUGGGCGAUUUGGCCAUGGAAGAGCAUAUAGGCGGGCUAUGGAGGCCGUGGCAGUGGUGAUCUGCAAAGAAGUGGAAAAAGUGGGAAAAAGCACAUCUACCAACAAGCGGGCACAUUUGGAGGCGUCAACUACUCUUGCUAUCCCUUCUCUCUCUUUGUCACUCGCUCCUCUGUCGCUGUUGGCCCCUUUCUCUGUGUCCAUUUACUCACCUCUGUCUCAAUAUUUCUUUUUAUUUCUUUUAUGUUGUUCGCUAAGUUGAUUUGAUGCUCGAUAUGUGCCAUUCUAAGUGAUAUGCUCUGCUUCUGAAUCACACGCCGCUAUGUGGGCCCCAUC